GAAAUAGGAACAAGUAACGCUUGGCCAUUGCCACCACCGAUCCAUUGCUCGCGGAAAAGAUCGAGAGCGAGAACGAUGGCGGCUUCCGUGACGGCGUGGGCGAAACCGGGCGCGUGGGCGUUGGACGCCGAGGAGCACGAGGCGGUCAUGGCCAAGAACGAAGACUCCUCCUCGGAGGCGCCGACGGAGCAGGAGCAAGACUUCCCCUCCCUCACCGCCGCCGCCGCCUCCAGGAUCCGCAAGAAGAAGAAGAAGGCGCAGACUCUCUCCCUCGCCGAGUUCACCACGGGCAAGCCCGUCUCCCACGGCGCCGCUGGCCGCCUAUCCUCUUCCUCCUCCUUCUCCUCGAAGGGUCUCACCUCCGACGAGCUCCUCAACCUCCCCACCGGUCCCCGCGAGCGAUCCGCUGAGGAGCUCGAGCGCUCCUCCUCCCGCGGCUUCGGCUAUGCCUACGGCGCCCGCGGCCGGGCGUCCGGGGAGGACCCCAACCCCGCACGCUGGGGCUCGUCUAGGGUUUCGGACGAGCCGAGGAGGGGUGGGUUUGGCGGAUCUGGCGAUGGAUCUAGCCGGGAUCUGGAGCCGUCUCGCGCUGACGAGAACGACGACUGGGGGGCGGGCAAGAAGCCCUUGGUGCCGGAGAGGAGGGAGAGGGGAGGAGGAGGGGGGUUCUUUGACUCGCAGUCCCGGGCCGACGAGUCGGACAGCUGGAUCUCGACCAAGAGCACUGCAGCGCCCCCGAUCUGGCGGAGAAUGGGUGGCGGCGGAUUCGAUGUGCCAAGGGCGAGGAUGGGUGGUUUCGAGAUGUUUAACAAGGAGGGAUCCAACGGCGGUGGAGCCGACUCCGAACAAUGGGGAAAGAAGAAGGAUCUCCCGGAUUCCGACAUAUGGAAGAGGGACGAGGAAAGAAGCAGCGGCGGCGGAAGGCGUAGGCUUGUGUUGCAGGCCCGCUGAAACUGAAAGAGGAGCGGGCGCCGCCAUCUCACCAGAAGGCAACAGAUCCGCGGGAUGAGGCAGCGGAACACGGCGGCGGCGGGGUGGUGGGGCUGCUCGGCCUCGGUAACCUGGUGAUGAGGAAUCUCUACUGCCUGGGCCUCGUCAGGUCCUGUUCUUAGAAACAUGGUGAGCGCAAUCGGGAAGGCAUCACAUGCGUUGGUUGUGUAAUUGCACUCUCUUUGCUGCUGCUACAUGGGUCCAGAGUUUGAAUCGGGUUCGAGUCUGUACAUAAGUGAUAGGAGUUGGUGUGCAAGUGAGAAAAUGGAAGCAUAUAUACCUCAUACAAGAGGAUAUCAGGGUCCCAUGUAGGGAAAUGGUGUGUAGCUGUGUCCAUAGAAGGACGACGGUAAAGAUUGAAGAGAGAGAGAGAGAGAGAGAGAGAGGAUACAAACGGAAAAAGGGAACACUCCACAUAUUGGACUCCUGCCGACUGGAGAACGGUCGGUGAAGGCGGUGGUGGUGAAGGGGCAACCAAUGCCAGCUGUAGGGGAAAAAGGUUGUGGGGCUUUCUGUUACUGUUCUUCCCUUGUUCUGCAUACGCGCUUUCUACAUAGCAUAAACUGAUCUGCGUUGGUAUUACCGACAUUCCUUGAUCGACUGACGGAAAUCACUAACGGUGUUUAUUCAUUAAUCAUUGUUAAUGUGAAACACUGUACCUUUUCUUCUCA